CUCGGCCGUGUAACGCCUCGUUCCAUGCGGUUCCCCAGUUUGGUGCGGGGAAUUCAUAGGUUCCUCGCAACUCUGCCAAUCAUGCAAUUGCCGAGACAGAAAGGACAGGGCCCAGACGUUGCUACGGGUUGCCGAGGGCGGCUCAGCAGAAGUGGGUGUUAGCGUAUCGUCUCCUGCAACGCCUUCCUACGUCUGUCUGCAUGCGCCUCCUCCAUGUCGUCCGGUUUCUGGUACUGCCCAUGGCAAAACAGAAUCUCCCAAGCAGUCUCACACACGCCAUCGUUCCCACCAACCAACUCCUUCUCAAACCCAAUCUGCCUCGCCAUCGGUAAAGCGAAGGCAGCGGCGCCAGGAAGGUCGCAUCAUCGUUUCGGCGGCUACAUCGGCCUCCUUGACUCGGCCUUGCCAUCCCUGUUCGCUGUGGCCGGUGCGUCGCCCAGAAAUAGGUCGCAGUCGGGUCAGGCUGGUUACCAGCAUCCACCGCCACAGCUACGCUGGCAUUCGGUCCGAUUGUGGCCGAAAGAGUUCUGCGGUCCGCACACCGAGACGCUCUGGAUCCGCCAAGCGAGAGGAGGCCCCUUGGUGUCUCCGCAUGUAUUGAAAUCGAUACCUGCGGCAUUCUUCCGACUGGUCAGGACACGCAUGCCUUGCAAAUUGCACGGGGGAACGAGGGGAAGGGGGACCUACCAGGCAGGCAUGGAGUCCAAUCCUACGGACGAAAUGAGGCACCCUGGAAGCCAGAAUGGAGAAGGGUGGAUGAAACCAAGUGGACGUUGGGUGGCCCCAAAGGGAGGAAGCUCUAUGUCGAGACCAGAGUGAGCUGAACCGCCCUCCUCUUUCUCUCCGGAGCUCGUCCCCAUUGGAUCGCGUCGUCAAGGGCUCGUUGUUGGCUCGGCCUUUCUGUCGCCAUCCGCCGGAGGCUGAAUCACGUCCUGUUGACCUAGAAACAGAUCCCAGUCAAUCAGGACGCGAACAUGCUGUUCUCGUGACCACUCUCUUGCAGCCUCCACCGUAGCUGUGCUGACAUUCCGUCCGAUACGAGAUUAUCCAGGACCCGUCUUCUCAACUAGCGAAUUGGGAACAUCUCCCAUCUGCAGGUCAAUGUCUCUGUAUCGGACGCAGUCGAGAUCUACAGCAUU